AUGGUCAAAAAAGUUGGAAAAUAUGAAAUUGGAAAGACAUUAGGUGAAGGAACGUUUGGAAAGGUCAAGUAUGCAGUAAAUACGGAAACAGAUGAGCGUGUGGCGAUUAAAGUGUUGGAUAAAGAAAAGAUUCAGAAACAAAAUAUGGGCGCACAGAUUAAAAAGGAGAUUUCUAUUAUGAAAAUGGUGCGACACAAACAUGUUGUUGUACUGAAGGAAGUACUGGCUAGUCGUACCAAGAUUUUUAUUGUGCUGGAGCUUAUUACGGGUGGUGAGCUUUUUGAUAAGAUUGUGAGCGAAGGAAGAUUUAGUGAAGAAACAGCGCGCUUUUACUUUCGUCAACUUGUGGAUGGCGUGCAGUACUGCCAUGAAAACGGCGUGUGCCAUCGUGAUCUCAAGCCAGAAAAUCUGUUGCUGGACGACAAUGGAGAUUUGAAGAUUUCCGACUUUGGCCUAUCGGCUCUGUACGAAGGUGGUGGUCCUGAUGGUCCGGAGAGCUCGCGUGCGUCGCUACUGCACACGACGUGUGGAACACCAAACUACGUGGCUCCCGAAGUUCUUGCCGAUAAGGGCUACGACGGACGUGCUGCUGAUGUGUGGUCGAUGGGUGUGAUUUUGUACGUGCUGCUAGCUGGUUUUCUGCCGUUCGAUGAGCCAACAAUGUCAGCACUAUUCCGCAAGAUUCAAAAGGCCGAGUAUUCGUACCCGAGCUGGUUCACUCCGCGCGUCAAAGCGUUGUUGAACCGCAUUCUUGUUUCCGAUCCAGAAACACGAAUUACGAUAAAAGAUAUUCUGCAGGACGAGUGGUUUGUGAAUGCACACGGUGCCGACGAGCAGGAGAUUCCUGCUACUGGUACUAGCACAAUUAGUGCGGAAUUGGCGGCAACUCCUGUGCCAAAUCCUGUUGACCAUAUGACCAUUAAACCAAGCCAGGCCGAUUUGGAUGCGGCCAUCCUGGAGCACCAGGACGAGAUUAACUCUGGCAAGAGGGACAAGUUAGACGGAGGUCUGAAAGUGCUGAAUGCGUUUGAUCUGAUCAAUAUGUGCGGUGGAAUGGCUCUCAACCGCAUGUUCCAGAGCAAUGACGAAAAGCGAGUCAAACGGGCGACGCAGUUCACGUCCACUAUCCCGGCAGCGAGCAUCAUGACUCGUUUGACGGGUCACUUGGAAAGUCUUCACUGCGAAAUUAACGUGGAGAACUCUUCAAAGGUGAAGGCCGUGUUGCAAACACCCAAGGGCGCUGUUGGCGUGGUUAUUCAGAUCUUUAUGCUUGCGGAUAGCCUUCACUUGGUGGAGGUGCGUCGUGGCAAGGGCGACAUUUUCGAGUAUCAUAAGUUCUACACUCAGCUGAACAAGCAAAUGGAGGAUUUGAUUGCGACUUUUGGUGAUUGA